CUCUUGGUUCCCCUGAAUUGAAGCUUCCUCGAAUGUGGUAGUCAAAAAAUGCAAUGCAUUGAUCCAAAGCUAAAGUUGAGUUAUGAAAACAAGAAACAAGAACUUGUCUCUGCUCUCUUUUGCUUUUCGCUUUCUCUUCUCUCUCUCUCUCUCUCUCUCUCUCUCUCUCUCUCUCGCUCUCGCUCUCGCUCUAUACAUACCGGUGGCUUGCCACGUUUACACACACACACACACACACACACACACACACACACACACACACACACACACACAGAGUUAAUCACGAUUAUUCCCUCAUUUAUUAUGUCUGCGAAUGAUCAAUUCAUAUCUUCCCCGUACCCCGUACAAGAACGAAUAGGUGAGAUAAAAGGGGUGAGCGAACGAAAAGCCAAGUGACCCAGGGAGAUCGAUAGAUCGAUUUGAUAACAAGGCGCCAGGAUGGUUAGCUUGUGCCUUGAAGAUCUCGGGGCAAAGGAGGACUAAUCGAUCGACAC